UUGUUUCUAGAGAAAAGUAAAGAGGAGAUACUUUUAUCAGGGUGGUGGUGAAGGAAUGGAGGGGUUUUAAAGUUGGCAAAAGCAAAAGGUAACUUAUUAGGUUUUACAAUUUGAUGUUCAUUGCCUUUUCUAACCUGCAAAUUUUCUAUACAUUUCUUGAUUCUGAUCAGGACGAUGAAAGUGAAGCCAUCAAUUUAAGCGACACAGAGGAAGAGUCAGUAAACUUGCAUCCCCAAAAGCGAAAAAGGCAAAUAAAUUCCCAUGCUUGGAAAUGGUUUGAUAAAUUAAAUAGAAUUUCUGCAAAGUACCGCAUAUGCAGCAAACUGUACAAGACCAGUUGUAAAACAUCUAAUUUGCACGAUCAUAUAAGUCGCACGCAUCCUAAUUUAGGUAACUCAGAAUGUCCUGAAUCAGUCAUCACCAAUUACUUCCAACAAGCAGAUAGCUACGAUGCCAAUUCUCCUCGUAAAAUUGAGAUCGACAAAGAAGUAAUGAGCAUGAUCAUAUCGGACAUGCAACCGUUCCGCAUCGUUGAAGAUGUAGGAUUCAGAAAACUCUUCACAAUUUUAGAUCCUAGGCAUAAGUUACCAAGCAGGACGACAUUGCAAAACGUUCUUUUAGUCGAGAUGUAUGAAAAAGCUAGAGAUAGCCUACAACAUAUUUUGAAAAAUGUUAAUCUUUGUUCAAUUACCUCAGACGGUUGGACAUCAAAAGCGAAUGUAAAUUACUUAACAGUAACGUGUCACUUUGUUGUUGAAGACAAAUUGCGAUCAGCAGUAUUAUCCACCUCUCAGCUAUUUGACGACACAAAUCAUUCUGGAGACAAUAUUGCUGAUUCAUUACGUGCAGUCCUCAAUGAAUGGGGUAUUUUUGGUAAAGUAUCAACAAUUGUCACGGAUAAUGCGCACAGCAUGACGAAAGCUUGCAAAAUCCUGGAAAAAUGUAACUUACCGUGCUUUGCUCACACCCUCAAUCUUGUUAUGCUGGACGUAUUGGCUCAUGAUUUAUUAAGAGACCUUCUAUUAAAAUGUAAACGGAUUAUCAGUUUCUUCAAAAGUAGUGCUAUAGCAUAUGCAAAGUUUAGAUCAGUGUUUAAAAAACUGCAGAAAGUUUUAUUUCAUUUGCUUUUGCUUCUGCUUAUGCUUUUGGAAAAGAAAGAAGUUGCAGUCAAAGCAAACGCAGAAAACGAUUACCAAUAAAAUGAGCGUCAGCUUCGGCAGCCGUCGGUUUGAAAAAUUUUCAUUUUGUCUUGCUUAUGAUUUUGAUCAGUAGCACAAGUUAAAGCAAAAGCAAUAUUUCUGCUUUUGCGAGUCGUCAACAGUGGCAGUCGAUGAAACAGAAGUUUAGCAUACACAAGCCGUCAGCAUUUCUGUACAUUAGUCGCAGUCGAACAAAAAGCAAAAAUUUAUUUAAUUUAUUUGCUAAGAAGCAUCGAGUUCGUGCUGGAAAGCUAACGAUCGUAUGCUUCUCAGCAUUUCUUCGUGUUGGUGCAGUGGCUAUUCGUUUUCGUUUUCAAAUAUGACAGCAGAAGCAACUGACAACUGACGAACUGCGAAAGCCGAUCAAUUUCUUCUGCUUCUGCUUC